AUGAUGUUUCUAAGCUUUGGAGGAUUAAAAUUACGAUCGCCAAUCUCACAAACUCUCGCUGACGACGCCAUCUCCGGUCUGCAUGCCAUACAUCAGUUGGGAGUAUUGGAGGGUGAUCCAGCAGCUCGGAACAUUCUCGUCCACCCGGAUCGGCCAGGAAUUACCUGGAUUGACUUUGAACGAGCCGAGUUCGUACACCCACGAGCGGUACUCGGAACUCUAUCUCCAAAUCGGAAACGAAAGCUUGGCUGGUCUCACGAAGAAGGGAAGUGUGAGAAUGGAAAGAGCAGCAAGAAGAUAUCUGCAUCAGAGAUAGGUCAAGCUAAGACGGAGCUGGCGAGAUUGGUGGUGAAGUAG